AUGGCCAAUUCAACACAGUUUGGCUGCGGAAUGGAGAUCGGAAAAUAUCCAGUAGCAUCUGAGAAACCUCCCUUCAGCUCUGGUGGAUGCGAAGAUCGCCGAUUGGGAGACCUCCACAAUCGGAAUCGCGGCGAUGAAACAGAACCCAAAUCGCCAUUCGGGAAACCUCCCUCAAGCUCUCUGAUCACCGGAAGACGAACGCCGGCAGCUGAUGAUCGUCGUCGUCGAAGAAACCAAGCUCUCGGAUCUGGAACGUGGAAUGGGAACUCGGCCGCCGCUAAGGAAGAAGACGAUGCUACAGUGAAGAAAUCGCGAACGCUCGAGCCCAGCUGCACUGUGUCUGAUCGAAGAAUAUCAAAUGUGCAAGAUUCCAGGAUAAUCAAUCUUGCAUUAGGACCUCUCCGAUCUAUCAACAACAAUAAUUCUGAGUUUGAUUAUUAUGGGAGACUUGAAGAAAUCAUAGAAGUUGAAUAUCCUGCUUUACCCAUCAAAAGAUAUAUAGACAUGUCUGAUGCUGGUGGCCAGAUUGUUCUACGGAUUAUCGGGGGUUGUUUUACCCCAAAUGGUCAUAGAGUAGCUGCAUACAUCACCUCGAAAUUUAAAGAGCGAUUUAGUCCCGCUGGUACUACAUGGAAGCGGGUAGACCCAGAUAUGAAGCAAUUUUAUUACGAUGAGUUUUUGAAAAGAUAUACUUGGGAGACAGAGCACGAGGCAGAAUUUUAUGCUACCUGGAACGCAGCUUGUGCCAAACUAUACAAAGACAUGCUAUAUAAAGCAAGACAAAAGGGAAUAAAACCAUCCUAUGUACCUGAGAACAUUUGGGAUGCAUGGCGAGCCAUUUGGGCUGUAGACAGAUGGCAGGAAAAUGCAAUGAAAGCUCGAGCCAAUAGAAAGAGUGAGCUGGCUGGCCCUAGUACUGGAGCAACAAAACAUACCGCUGGAUCCCGAUCGAUCGUCGAGCAUGCCUUAGACUUGGAACAUGAUCUACAGCGACCUCCUACUUGUUGGGAGAUAUUUACCAAGACACACAAGUCAAAAGAUGGCAACUUUAUAGAUCGUCGAUCAUCGGCAUUAGACGAAGAAAUUGCUGCUAGGGUUGCACAGGCGUCUCAGCCUAGUUUAGAGGGAGGUGAGGAGCAGACUCUAUCCACUGACCAGAUAAAUGAAAUUUAUUAUGAUGUGGUUGGUGGAAGGAAAAAGACCUCCACCCUAUAUGGUCUUGGGGCUCAGGCGAGAGUUGUAUAUGAUCAAGCGAUGGCUCCUAGGGCCAGGGGUCGUCCCAGCACAUCAUCGAGUGCAUCCGAAUCAUCUGCUAGAGUAGACGUCUUAGAACAGGAAAACGCAGAUUUGAAGACUCGACUCUCGACCUUGGAGGCUGAAUUUCGAGUAGAGCGGCAAUCCCGAUUGGAUCUUGAGAAAAUUGGGCGGGAUAUGCAGGCCUUCUUGGAUCAAAUGAGUGCAACGCCGCAUCGUUUUGCCUCUCAGGAGACUCAAGACCCUAAUAAUCCUCCUGAUCCAUAGAUUGUGAUAGGAACGUUGAUGCCUAUACAACACCAUCAUCAUAUAACCAAACUAGCUUUCAGGAUUGAUUACUACUUGCUAGCUUAGGAUUGGAUUUUCUUUGCUAGAUGGUGUUGUAUUGUGAUUUUAAAUUUCAGAUGUUGUAGUACUAUACAAUCAGAUGUUUAUGGUUGGAGAUGUUUGGAUAUUUAUCUAUGUUUUGUGAUUGGAUGUUUAGUUUAAAUUUUGUGCUUGGA